AUGGCUGCUCCUGCAGCCUACAAUGAUCAAGUUGAUGUUUUUCGUGACAUUGAGUAUCCCAUGAUGACUGGCAAGACUUACCUUGACCACGGUGGAACUACCAUCUAUGCAAAGAGUCUGAUCGAAGACUUCUCUGCCAAGAUGAUUGCCAACCUAUACGGCAACCCUCACUCUGCGUCUACUCCAGCUGCGCUCUCCGGCCAUAUGGUUGACACUAUCCGGCUCCAAGCUUUGGCCUUCUUCAAAGCGGACCCGGAGCACUUUGACCUGAUCUUCACACAAAACGCCACAGCAUCUAUCAAGCUGGUUGGAGAAGCUUUCCGUGACCUGGGGGAUGGUAGCUCGCCUGGGACCUUUUGGUAUGGAUAUCAUAAGGACGCGCAUACCAGCAUCGUAGGUAUUCGUGAACUCACCAAGGGGACAAGUCAUUGCUUCUUGAAUGACGACGAUGUCGAAAAGUGGCUCAAUGACCCCAGAGCAGUCGGUGAUGUUACUAAUGCGGGGGCACUUCCAUGUCUCUUCGCAUAUCCUGGACAAUCCAAUAUGACAGGUCGACGCUUGCCAUUGAAUUGGUCCAAGAAGCUUCGACACUCAACUGCGCCACUGCACCAAAAUUCUUAUACGCUCCUUGAUGCUGCCGCUCUUGCAACCACAGCACAGAUCGACCUCAGCGAUCCAGAAUCGGCGCCAGACUUUACAGCCUUGUCCUUCUACAAGAUCUUUGGCUUCCCCGAUCUCGGUGGCUUGAUUAUUCGCAAGAAUUCUGGCCAUAUUCUCUCGUGGAGAAAAUACUUUGGAGGUGGUACCGUGAACGGUCUGACAGUUAUUGGAAAGCCUACUCGUCAAAAGAAGCACGAUAGUCUGCACGACAACCUUGAGGAUGGAACUUUACCAUUCCACAACAUACUUGCACUGGGUUGCGCGAUUGACGUACAUAACAGACUAUACGGCUCAAUGAAGAAGGUAUCGCAGCACACAUCAUACCUUGCCUUUCGUCUCUACCAUGGAAUGACAAGCCUUACGCACUACAACGGUCAACCACUCUGCGUCAUUUACAACGACGUUCCGGAACGAAGUAUAUAUGGCAAUCCUGAAACUCAAGGAGGAACGAUUGCUUUUAAUCUUGUUCGUUCCGAUGGCAACUAUCUUGGUCAUAGUUUCGUUGAAGGCCAAGCUAACACCCAUGGAAUAUACUUGCGCUCUGGUGGCCUCUGCAAUUCAGGUGGCAUUUCCAGCUAUCUCAAGAUUGAGCCAUGGCAAUUCAUGCGUGCCUGGAGCCAAGGUCAUCGCUGCGGAGAGCCCGGCUUGGACAACAUUAAUGGCAAGCCAACUGGUGUAGUUCGAGUAAGCUUG